CGCACGAGCCGCGCGCGAAGCGACGUGCGACCUUCGCGCGGCAGCAGGCAGCAGGCAGCGAGGUUCGAACCGCUCGCGCGAGACCAGGGCCGCGCCGCGUCGAAGAAGCGCGGAGAAGCCUCAUCAGAAGCGCGAGCGCGAGGCGAAGACGCGGACGACGCACCGCCGAGCGCGAUGGCGGACCUGGCGAAGGCCAACGAGCCGGUGCCGGACAUGGUGAAGCAGUUCGUCGUGUACUUCUACCGUCACAUCCGCGAGAAGAACGUGUACGAGAUCCUCUCCAUGUACGAGAAAUCCUUCCCCGCGAUCAGCGAGAAGUAUUUCAAGGCGUCGCCGUGGCCGCACGCGGAGGCGGUCGCGCGCUUCGCCGACAACGACCACGUCUUUGGCCUCAUGUACAAGGAGCUGUACUUCCGGCACGUCUACGGAAAAGUGACGCCGACGUUGGAGCAACGCUGCGAGAGCUGGGACAACUACUGCGCUCUGUUCGACAUCGUGCUGCAAGGGAACGUGAACAUGCAGCUCCCGAACUUGUGGCUGUGGGACAUGAUCGACGAGUACCUGUAUCAGUUCCAGUCGUUCUGUCAGUACCGCGGCAAGGUGAGCGUCAAGACGAAGCAAGAGCUCGAGCUCUUGAAGCAGUGCGACAACGUGUGGAACGCCGUCGGCGUCCUGAACUACCUCCAAGCGCUCGUGGACAAGUCCGGGAUCGUGCAAACCCUCGCCAACGAGCGCGAAUCGCGCGGACCCGACGCGUCCUUCAGCGAGCGCGAGGGGUACGAUCACAAAGCCUCCAACGUGCUCACCGCGCUCGGGUACUUCGCGCUGAUCGGAUCGUGCCGCGUGCGGUGCCUCCUCGGCGAGUACGAGCCCGCGCUUCUCGCGCUGGACCCGAUCGAUCUGGAUAAGCCGGGAUUGUUCACGAAAGUCGCGGGCGCGCGCGUCAGCGUCGCGUACCACGUCGGGUUCGCGUACUUCAUGCUGGGGAGGUACACGGACGCGGCGAGGCACUUCAACGGCGCGUUGCUCUUCGUGAACCGCCGCAAGGUAUCGGCGACGAAGCUGCACGGGAUGGAUCUGCUCGUGAAGAAACAGGAGCAGAUGUACACGGUGCUCGCGAUGUGCGUCGUCCUCGGCGGCGGCGGUUCAGGCGGCGGUUCGAGCGGCGCGGCGAACAGCGCGGUGAUGCGCGCGCUCGAGGAGGGCGUCGCGGCGGCGCUUCGAGAGAAGCACGGCGACGACGUGAGCCGGAUGAGCCAAGGCGUGGUGAGCGCGUACGACGAUCUCUUCUCGUUUGGAUGCCCCAAGUUUGUCACGCCGGAGCCGCCGAAGAUUGGCGGCGGCGGAAACGGCGGCGACGCGACCGCGACCGCGAUCGACCCGGGGAGCGCGGCCGCGAACUUCAACGAGGAGGCGUACAGGGCGCAGCUCAAGCUGUUCCUCGCCGACGUCGGCGCCGCGUCGAAGCUGCCGACGCUGCGAUCGUUUCUCAAGCUCUACGCGUCAGGCGCGUUCUAUCUCACACUGUUUCCCAUACGACCCCGUCGGCGUGGUGAACGCCGAUCCUUAAGGACUUUGCCCGGCGCAUCACUCCGACUACCCCUCGCUCACAAUCCCGACACACCUCGGCGCCUUUCAACUCCGCUUCUGACGCCUUUCAACUCCACCCCGACGUUCGCUCGUAUGGACCCUCGACCCUCAGUCUCCGUGGCCAAGCUCGCGUCGUUGAUGGAGAUCGACGAGCCGACGCUCCGGGAGCAGCUCGCGCGGAUGAAGGAGAAGACGACGGUGUUGCAGUGGAACGGCGGCGCGUCCGCGCUCGACGGCUCGCCCGUCUGCGUCGCGGACGUCGACUUUGACGUGGACGACGCCGACGUCGUGCACGUGCGAGAGGCGAAAAUCGUCAAUAGAGACGACGAGUACUUCUUGCGGCACAUCGAGAAGCAGAACGCGCUCAUGGCGGACCUCGCGCCGGCGAAGCCGCUCGUGUAUAAGGGGGGGAACACGCUCCUCGCGGGCGCGUGAUGAAGGAUGGGAGGAGAGGAGAGGAGAUCCGUGAGAUGGACGAAUUGAUGGUGAGGGCGGGCGGUUCGACGACGAUUGGCGACGCCUUCCUUUGUGAUGAGACACGCGGCGUCUCGAAAACUUUAACUUUUUUCCAGUCUCGGGCG